UGGCGGGGCCACCCGGGAGCGAUGCCGAUGGAUGUGAUUUUAGUUGUGUGGUUCUCUGUGUGCACCGCCAGGGCAGUGAUGGGCUUUGGGAUGGACCCCGACCUUCAAAUGGAUAUUAUCACCGAGCUCGACCUCGUGAACACCACCCUUGGAGUCACUCAGGUGUCCGGACUGCACAAUGCCAGCAAAGCAUUUUUAUUUCAAGAUGUAGAGAGAGAGAUCCAUGCAGCCCCACAUGUGAGUGAGAAAUUAAUUCAGCUGUUCCGGAAUAAGAGUGAAUUCACCUUUUUGGCCACUGUGCAGCAGAAGCCGUCAACUUCAGGAGUGAUACUGUCCAUUCGAGAACUGGAAAACAGUUAUUUUGAACUGGAGAGCAGUGGCCUGAGAGAUGAGAUUCGAUAUCACUACACACACAAGGGGAAGCCCAGGACAGAGGCACUUCCCUACCGGAUGGCGGAUGGACAGUGGCACAAGGUGGCGCUGUCAGUUAGCGCCUCUCAUCUCCUGCUCCACGUCGACUGCAACAGGAUUUAUGAACGUGUGAUAGACGCUCCUGAGACCAACCUCCCCCCAGGAAGCAAUUUGUGGCUGGGUCAGCGAAACCAAAAGCACGGCUUAUUCAAAGGAAUCAUCCAAGAUGGAAAAAUCAUCUUCAUGCCGAAUGGAUACAUAACACAGUGUCCGAACCUGAAUCGCACUUGCCCAACGUGCAGUGAUUUCUUAAGCCUGGUGCAAGGAAUCAUGGAUUUACAAGAGCUUCUGGCCAAGAUGACUGCGAAACUAAAUUAUGCAGAGACACGACUUAGUCAAUUGGAAAACUGCCACUGCGAGAAGACCUGUCAAGUGAGUGGACUGCUCUAUAGAGACCAGGACUCCUGGGUUGAUGGCGAUCACUGUAGGAACUGCACGUGCAAAAGCGGCGCUGUGGAAUGUCGGAGGAUGUCUUGUCCCCCUCUCAAUUGCUCCCCAGACUCCCUCCCUGUGCACGUUGCCGGCCAGUGCUGUAAGGUCUGCCGACCAAAAUGUAUCUACGGAGGGAAAGUCCUUGCAGAAGGCCAGCGGAUUUUAACCAAGAGCUGUCGGGAAUGCCGAGGUGGAGUUUUAGUGAAAAUUACAGAAGCGUGCCCUCCUUUGAACUGCUCAGACAAGGAUCACAUUCUCCCAGAGAAUCAGUGCUGCAGCGUCUGCAGAGGUCAUAACUUUUGUGCAGAAGGACCUAAAUGUGGUGAAAAUUCAGAGUGCAAAAACUGGAAUACAAAAGCUACUUGCGAGUGCAAGAAUGGUUAUAUCUCUGUCCAGGGGGACUCCGCCUACUGUGAAGAUAUUGAUGAGUGUGCUGCUAAGAUGCAUUACUGUCGUGCCAAUACUGUGUGUGUCAACCUGCCUGGGUUAUAUCGGUGUGACUGUGUCCCGGGAUACAUUCGCGUGGAUGAUUUCUCUUGUACAGAGCAUGACGAAUGUGGCAGCGGGCAGCACAACUGUGAUGAGAAUGCCAUCUGCACCAACACUGUCCAGGGACACAGCUGCACCUGCAAACCGGGCUACGUGGGGAAUGGGACCAGCUGCAGAGCGUUCUGCGAAGAGGGCUGCAGAUAUGGCGGGACAUGCGUGGCUCCUAACAAAUGUGUCUGUCCUUCUGGAUUCACAGGAAACCACUGUGAGAAAGAUAUUGAUGAAUGUACAGAGGGAAUCAUUGAGUGCCACAACCAUUCCCGCUGCGUUAACCUGCCAGGGUGGUACCACUGUGAGUGCAGAAGCGGUUUCCAUGACGAUGGGACCUAUUCACUGUCCGGGGAGUCCUGUAUUGAUCUCACUGUGUUCAUCCAUUCUUAUCCCAAGUUCAGCGAUGAUCUUUACGACCAUUACUUUGAACUCUUUGUUGGCUGGGAUAGCAGUCAAGCUCUGGGAAUGACCCUAGAGAUCUAUGGCAAGACGGAUUACUCGCCAUUGGAUGGGAAGAUAUUCUGCCGACGGACAGCUUGUGAUUGCCAGAAUCCAAGUGUUGACCUUUUCUGUUGCCCAGAGUGUGACACCAGGGUCACAAGUCAAUGUUUAGACCAAAAUGGACACAAGCUCUAUCGAAGUGGAGACAACUGGACUCACAGCUGUCAGCAGUGCCGGUGUCUGGAAGGAGAGGUAGAUUGCUGGCCACUCACUUGCCCCAGAUUGAGCUGUGAGUACACAGCCAUCUUGGAAGGGGAGUGUUGUCCCCGCUGUGUCAGCGACCCCUGCCUGGCGGAUAACAUCGCCUAUGACAUCAGAGAAACUUGCCUGGACAGCUAUGGAGUUUCGAGGCUUAGUGGCUCAGUGUGGACAUUGGCUGGAUCUCCCUGCACGACCUGCAAAUGCAAGAAUGGAAGUGUCUGCUGUUCUGUGGAUUUGGAGUGUCUUCAUAAUAAUUGAAGGAUUUAAAAUGGACUCAUGAUCGCCAGAGAAAAACGGACAAAUGACCAUCCAUGAUGAUGAAAGAACAGGAGUUGGUGUUUUUUUACCACAGACAAUUACCAAAGUCUCCGUCUGAGGAAGGUGUUUGCAGGUUGGCUUUUGGACCCACCACUCUGCUCAUUCUUGCUAACCUAAUCUAGGUGACCUACAGUGCAUUUCAGUCUAUGGUUGUUAAAAGAAGUUUUCCGUGUUGUAAAUCACGCUUCCCUUACC